AUGCGCCUCCUCCCCCUAUUCCUCCGCCGCCAAUCUCACAACCUUCACCACCUUCACCACCACCACGACAAAACCCACAUCCCCGAACCAAAUCCCCUCUUCAAAAUGGCACAACUACCCCCUCUCCCAGAAGUAACCCUCCUAGCCCCCUCCAUAACCCGCAUCCUAGCCGGCAACCCCUCCAAAUUCACCCUCCAAGGCACCAACACCUACCUCGUCGGCACCGGCCCAAACAGAAUCCUAAUCGACACCGGCGAGGGAAAACCAACCUGGAUCACCGCCCUCAAAUCCUGUCUCUCCUCCUCCUCAGGCGCCACAAUAUCAAAAUGCAUCAUCACCCACUGGCACCACGACCACGUAGGCGGCAUCCCCGACCUCCUCUCCGCCUUCCCCAGCAUCAAAAUCUACAAGCACAGGCCAGACUACCACAACCCGACCAACAUACCCUUUUUGGACAUUUCCGACGGGCAAGAGUUUGAAGUGGAGGAGGGAGGAGGAGGAGGGGCGAGGUUAAAAGCGGUUCACACCCCAGGCCAUACAGAAGAUCACAUGGUACUACAAUACUUUCCCCCCUCUUCAUCUCAGCAAGAACAGCCCGGUCUUUUUACCGGGGAUAAUGUCCUCGGCCACGGGACCGCUGUGUUUGAAGACCUUUCUGCUUAUCUCACCUCUUUGGCAAAAAUGAAGAGUUUGGUUGAUGGGAAGGCUUACCCGGGUCAUGGGCCGGUUAUUGACCAGGGCAGGGAAAAGAUUGAGGAAUAUAUCCAGCACAGGCAGCAGAGAGAGGAUCAGGUGGUCCAGCAACUGAUAGCCUACCCUGAUGUCGCUGUUGCGGGGGGGCAGGAGGGGAGUGAGAAGGGGUGGACGUUGAUGGGGUUGGUGAGGGUGAUUUAUAAGGAUGUUCCUGAGGCGCUUCACGUACCGGCUGCUGGGGGGGUGGUGCAGAUUUUGAAGAAGCUUGAGCGGGAGGGGAAGGUGAGGGUGUUGGAAGAGAGGGGUGGUGGUGAGGAGGAUAGGUGGGUGUUGGUGGGACGGCAGGGGGUAACGGGCUCGGGCCGGGGAUCUGCGCUGUGA